UUUAUUUGCCAGGUGCCUUUGGUGCGGGUGCUCGAGACUCGAGAAUGCCUGUCUACUUUUUGCUCUGAAUUUUCCGCAAUCUGCACGUUUUCCUUGGCCGUUUAUCGUUUUGGCAGGUGCCCGAAAAUGCCUUCUCGCUCCGAGGACAUCUUGAAAGGCUUCAAAGUCAACUGGAUGAAUCUACGAGACGCGGACACGGGAAAGAUUCUCUGGCAGGGCACGGACGACUUAUCGACUCCAGACGUGGAACAUGAAGCAAAGGUCCCGAUGAAAAUUCUAAAAUGCCGGGCCGUCUCGAGAGAAAUAAACUUCUCGUCAGCAGAGCCUAUGGAGAAAUUUAGACUUGAACAAAAAGUGCUUUUUAAAGGCCGUUGUUUAGAAGAGUGGUUCUUUGAGUUUGGCUUCGUUAUUCCGAAUUCGACCAACACUUGGCAAUCUCUAAUCGAAGCGGCGCCAGAAUCGCAAAUGAUGCCUGCUAACGUUUUGAAUGGUAAUACUGUCAUUGAGACAAAGUUUUUCGAUGAUGACCUUCUUGUAUCGACAUCGCUCGUUCGCCUUUAUUACAUCUGAAUGAACAGGGAAGCUACUUAAUUUGUUGAAACGGUUUUAUUUUAAGUGAAUGGGACCAUUUAAAAAGUUCAAUUAUGUUUCUUUCAGUGGUUAAACUAUAGAAAGUGCUAAACGGGAAUUCUGUUUCGUUAAAUUUAGUUCAAACGUACGCAAGAUGCAAGAGUGCUUUCAAAACUAAUGUAUUUACUAUUAUCUUCUCAGUUUAUAUUAGAAUGAACGAAUUAGGUAAAUUGUUAUUUGAAAUACACCCGAAGAAUUGUCAAUCCCACUGAAAAUGAUUAAAAGACAAAUCACCAACUGUGCAGUGAAAUAACUCCCAGUUCCAUCCCAUUAUUGUAGAAUUUGUUUUAGCUUUCAAAACUGUUUUGCUUGAUAUGAACAUUUUACAUCAAAAGCACACAGUUUUUCACAAUUUGCAUGGCAAAGACAUUCCCACUGCACCUUGAAAAAAAAAAAUCAAACAAUUUUCCUUAUCUCACUAUUGCAUUAAUAUUUACAGUGAAUUUGUCUCAUUAAGUGCACUGUUUUUAAUUUUUUUCGGAAAGUUGAUUUUUAAUUUUGAAAAUUGUGACGUCAAAUAUAAUCUACACCAAAACCGCAUUUCUGCCAUCCACAAGUUCCUUGCAGAACCAUUUAGUAUGUAAGGAUAAAAAAAAAUCUGCAUCAAUGUAAUGGUUGCAAAAUAUAAUUAAUUAAUUUUUAAUUGAUAACGUUGCAGCCAACUAUGUUGUCUAGUCCCAAUAAAAUAUUUGAUUAUGAGAUUA